UGCUUUGAUAUGAAAAUCCAAGCAGUGAAUAAGUCGGGUGCUUAAGGCACCUAUAUAGGCCAUGGAAUAACAAUUUGGACUAAGUGACCCAGAUCAAAACCCUGUUCCCAAUCAGGAUAGCACCAUUGCCACAUUUGCAGGGCAAUGGAACAGUUUUGAAGACACUCCCCAAGUGAGCUGCUCCACCAGUGACUGCUGUGCUCAGCCCUGCUGUAGCAUCAGCGAUGGGUCAGAGUCACAGCCACCACCGGCAGGGCCACGCCGCCGCCGCCGUCGCCGCGCCGGUCGACACGACUCCCUCGUUCCUGGCCAAGCUGCGUGACGCGCUGGUGGCGCGCUCCGCGGACGGCGCCGUCUCCCGCCAGCUGUUCGGGCUCGUCUUCCCGAACAACGAGACAGUAGCCGGGGUGCUGUUCGAGCACUUUGUGCGCCGCUCGCCGGCCUCCACGGGCGAGGCGCUGACGCCCGCCGACUUUGUGUCGCGCUGCGCGGAAGUGUGCGACCUGAUCUCAGAGCACGAUCAGGUGGAGUACCACCUGCGCGCGUUUGCCGACCGCGAGGACGCGCUGUCAGCCGAGCGGCUGCGCCAGCUCGUGCUGCAGGCGUACGACGCGGCCAUGUGGGCGCACCCGAACACGGUGUCGGUCGGCUCGCUGGCCGUGGACGAGAUUCUGGGCGGCGUGGCCGAGUCGGUGCUGCACGGCCGACCAGAGGUGGGCGUGGCGUUCGCGCGCAACUGGGUGCUGCAGCACUGCCCGCGUCUGCUGCGCUCCCUGCACCAAUACGUGCUGCACCGGAUCACUACCGGACACGCCGACCUGGCGGCGGCCGGCAGCGACACCGGCGGCCACGAGGCGGCGGCGGCGGCCGGCCCCGGCGGCGGCACGUGCGUGCUGGAGAGGGCGGCCGCCUCCAGUCUGACGGGCGUGCACCCGGCGCUGGUGUGGCUGCUCAUGUGCUCGCUGCCCGAGUGCUACACGCGGCCCAGCUCGGCCGAGAGCCUGCCCUCGCUGCCGGCGCUGGCGGCGCUCGACCCCGGCCAGGCGAUCGGCCGAUUGGCGCAGGCGGCCGCGCCCAAACACUGGGUGUCGCUGUACAGCUCGGCCGAGCAGGGUCUGAGCGCCAGCCGGCUGCAGCACCACGUGCUCUCGUACCGCGGGCCGACCAUCACACUGGUGCGCGCCGAGGAGCACCGCCUGUUCUGUGUGGCGGCGGACGUGGGCUGGCGCGACUCGCCGCACUACUGGGGCGGCGCCGACUGCAUGGCCAUCCAGCUGCUGCCGCAGUACCAGGUGCUCUGCAGCCACCAGGCCGACGUCAUGUUCUACAACCAGUCGGCGCGCGGCCUGCCGUCCGGACUGCGCGUCGGCGCCGACCGUAAAACGCCCGCCGUCACCGUCGACAAGGAUCUGAGCAUGUGCUCGAGCCGCGGCGCGCCGUUCCGGCUGGAGGGCCUGGAGGUGUGGGGCUGCGGCGCGCCGGCCGCACGCGACCAGCAGAUCAAGUCGCAGAAGCGCGACCAGGCGGCCAUUGAGCAGCGCCGGAAGGUGAACAUUAUGGCGGACACAGAGUGGGGCGAGAACCCCGACCGCUAUCUGCUCGAAAUGUCCGGCGCCCACAAGAGCUACAACUACAACUGACGGCCGCGUCGGGCCCCGGCCGACCGGGACCGCGGCACCAGAGGUGUAGGAUGGCCAGCGCUGAUCGCACGCGCCAAGCCGACUGACUGGCAGCUGGUGAAGAGGUACGCUCAAUCACUGCAGACGCGAUCGUUCCUGCGUGCCGUGUUGGUUGCUCUGAUGGGUCGGGAGCUAUGCAGCGCAGGGCUUUGCGAAGCGCCAACUUGUUAUUUAUCUGUUAGCGUGAAUGAGUUUUAUGGAAUAUGAUUUUAUUUUUGAAGCUAACACCUUACGAAGAAAGGAACUUGCAAUAUAAGUGAGCUGUUAUUUGGGGUGCUGCGGAGUCCUAACGCACAUCAUGAUCAGUGUUGUGUUACAAAAUACUUUCAGGAAGUGUUGUGUCAUAAUGGAAUCAACUUCUAGUGAUCUUGGCACGAUAUUUGUUUCUCAUUUUUACCAUCUGCUACCAUCGCUCACUCCUCGCCCCUUAGUGGCCUGUUUAGAUGUACGCUCAUCAGUAUUCUGUGUUACUCGUAUUUCGCCACGUCAUUAACUUACGCUGCGGGGAAUGACUGUGCGGAUGCCUUGGGUUCGGCCUACAUAGCCGUCUUCCACUGCGGUGAUGUGAUGUUCCUUUGCAUUCCACACGGGGCACCCGAUGACUCCCACUGAGGCCAGUGCCAUGCCUAGGGCGAAUGUAGCGAGCGUGUGACAGUGUCGGCAAUCACGUCACCCUACGACGAACUUCGAACGAACUUAUUGCGCGUGUGCACGCUCGCCAGGUGCGUAAACUAUGAGUAUAGUAGGAGCGAGCUGUUUAUGGUAUGGAUAAAGUCUAGUUAUGUAAAAA